UCCCAGAGACGCCUGUGAAUGCCCUUGAAGCAGAGCAGACAUCCUCUGAGGCUGCAGAGAAACGGCUCAGCGUGGAAGUUAAAGAUGAAGGCUGUGGGGGGCCCAGCUGUCCGGGUGAUUGGCCGCCGACUGAAAAGGAGAUGCUAGCGCUGGAAAGUCCAAAGCAAAUGGAGACGCAUGAGGAGAGGAAAGUGAGGCGCUCUCUGCAUUUGACGGAGGAGGAAAGUUCUUCCAAUCCUCCCAGAUCAGGCAGGGAGCUGGGGAAGGAGCUGACAGACUGUGCUGAAGCCCCCCACGCUCUCAGUGAAUCCACAACCCAGCAGAACACCUCCAAAGGGAAGCUGGAAACAACGUGUAGCGUGUGUGGGAAGAGCUUCAGCCGGAGGACAGGCCUCUUGGCCCAUGAGAGGGUCCACACGGGAGAGAAGCCGUACAAAUGCACUCACUGUGGGAGGAGCUUCCGCUCCAAGUCAACCCUGGUAGUGCACCAGAGAACCCACACCGGGGAGAAGCCCUACCAGUGCCGGGAGUGUGGGAAGAGCUUCCCGGUGACCACGCAGCUGAUUGAGCACGAGCGGACCCACUCAGGGGAGAAGCCCUACGAGUGCACUGAGUGUGGGCAGACGUUCCGCCAGAGGUCACACCUGAAGAACCACCAGAAGAUCCACACAGGGGUCAAGCCGUUUAAGUGCUCCUACUGCGGGAAGGGCUUCAGCAUUAGCUCAGACCUCAUCCGGCACGAGAGGGCCCACACGGGAGAGAAGCCCUACCAGUGUCCGGACUGCGGCAAGCGGUUUUGCAACAGCUCGCAGGUGAUCACUCACCGGCGGGUCCACACGGGGGAGAAACCCUACAAAUGCCUGGAGUGUGGGAAAGGGUUCACCGUCAGCCAGCAGCUGAUCCGACACCAGGCCGUCCACACCGGAGAGAAGCCAUAUCAGUGCCUAGAAUGCGGGAAGACCUUUGGCGUCAGCACGCUGCUGGCCGGCCACCUGAGGAUUCACACGGGAGAGAAGCCGUAUGAAUGCUCGGAAUGUGGGAAGUGCUUUCGGCUGCGCUCCACGCUCAUCACGCAUUUGAAAAUCCACACAAUACCUCUGAAAGGCAAGAAACAGAGGACUUGCAGCGUGUGUGGGAAAAGCUUCAGCCGGAGCACCGGCCUGAUCGCGCACCAAAGAAUCCACACUGGAGAGAAACCGUACGAGUGCUCGGCCUGCGGGAAAUCCUUCACCUUGCGGUCCAAUUUGAUUUCACACGAAAGGACCCACAAUGGGGAAAAACCAUACCCAUGCCAUGAGUGUGGGAAAAGUUUUAGCGUCAGUUCGCAGCUCAUUAAACACAAGAGAACCCACUCUGGGGAAAAACCGUACAAAUGCACAGAAUGCGGACAAGCGUUCCGCCAGAGCUCUCACCUUAAAAACCACCAGAGAAUCCACACGGGUGAUAAACCGUUUAAGUGUUCAGAUUGUGGGAAAAGCUUCAGCGUGAGCUCAGACCUGAUUAGGCAUGAGAUAUCCCACACAGGGGAGAAACCAUACCAGUGCCUGGACUGCGGCAAACGGUUCUGCAGCAGCUCACAGAUCAUUACUCAUCAGCGCGUUCACACGGGAGAAAAGCCCUAUAAAUGCCUGGAGUGUGGGAAAAGCUUCACUGUGAGCCAGCAGCUCAGUCGGCACCAGAGAGUUCACACUGGAGAGAAACCAUAUAAAUGCCCCGAGUGUGGUAAAACCUUUGGUGUCAGCACACUCCUUACUGGACACCUGAGGAUUCACACGGGCGAGAAGCCAUACGAAUGCUUGGAGUGUGGGAAAAACUUCAGGUUACGUUCAAAUCUUAUUGCGCAUCAGAAAAUACAUGCUGCGAGGAAAUCCUAGAAACUGUUUGACUGUAGGAAUAAAAAAGGGAUU